GGAAAAGGUAUACACUGAGAGGUUGUUCUUGCGAUGAAAGAAUAGAGUAACUCACAAGUUACUAGACAUCAUCAUUAGCAUCAUUCUGAUCAGAACACACAUUGGAUUCCUGUUCUUGCAUUUCCUCUUCUUGACUCCUGCACCUAUUCAUCCGAUGAUCAUUCUUUCAGUUUCUCUAUUACUUUUCUUGAGCUGGUUAAAAUAAUAAUAACAAUCAUGGUGAUAAUAUCAACGCUGUGGUACAGAAUUGCCUCUAGCAGGUAAAAAAAGGCAAACAAGAACCAUAUCAAGAAACAGAAAACAAAUCUUUCAAGUGAAUCCAAAUUCAACGUUAAUCGACACAAUGUUUCUAACCCUGCAACACUUAACUUUCCACAUUAUAGCAUCACUAUUAUUGUUGAUUAAUCAGUUAACUUUGUACAAUUGUUACAUCCAUCUUCCUGAUCGUCAAAUAAACCAACAACAACAAGAACAGCAACAAUCAAUGCUAUCGCCAUCUUCUGCAUCAUCAGCUAAUUUCCAAUCAACUUCUUAUUUUAAAAACAAUAACAUUGACAACAAUAGUACUCAUAAUACUCAUCUUAAUGGGACCAGUGCCAAUCAUGAUUAUACGAAUAAAAUUUUGAAACUAAUCGGAAUUGGUGACCAUGUUCAACGACGAACUCGCCAUUUAACAACUCCACAAUUUAUGAUUGAUUUAUAUAAAACAUUAGCUGAUCCAGUGACUGGAUCAAUAAGACGAUCAAAACCUUAUCAAGCAACUACUAUUUGGGCCUUCCAUCAUUCAGAUUUUCAUCAAAACCAUUUACAUUUCCAUUUUAAUGUAACACCAGACAAAUUUGUGGGUAAACAGAUUCUUGAAGCUGAAUUUCAUAUAUUCAAGUUGAAACCCAAACAUCGAUUGAUUAACCAAAUACAUUCAAAAAGCAUCAAAACUCAACUCCUUGAGGUUGGAAUCUAUCAAUUGUUGAGUUCAUCUAUUGAUGGAAAUAAGAAGCUUCUUGAUUCAAGGCGAAUGAGCUUAAACUCAGUUGGAUGGGAAAUGUUUUACGUGAAACAAGCUUUAAUCAACUGGAUUAAGGAUAACUCAACAAACCAUGGUUUAUUGAUCACGGUUAAAUCACUCUCUGGAGAAGAUAUGGAUAACCAUUUGAUUCGUUGGUUCAACGGACAUCAUCAUCAAAUCAAUAAGAGGCCAAUCCUUGUUGUUUAUACCGCUGAGAAGGGACACAAAAGUGUAAUACCUAAAAACAAUACAAACCAAGACUUCUCAGCCAAAGUAUUCUCGCAAUUAUUUUUGAAAUAUGGUCAGCCAAGUGAGUCAGAAUCUUCCGAAAAUUCCUAUGAAGAAAAUCAAAAUCAUCAUCAUUCCUUGUCUGGCAAUACCAAUGAUCUUAUAAAUUUAGAGUUGCCAGUAAUUAAUCAUUUAUCCUGUACAAGAGUUGGCUACACAGUUGAUUUAGAUAAAUUGGGCUGGACUCGAUUCGUUAUUUAUCCUAAAUCAUUGGGUCUUUAUCGAUGCCAAGGUGGUUGUGAUCAUCUCAUUGACUCUAUUUCUUCCGGUCUAGAUGGUUUUGGAGAUUAUGAGCUAACCAAAGCUAAAUUAAGUAGACAUGCCGCUAUUCAAAGUUAUAUCAAUCAACAGCAAUCACUUGGAGUUAAUCCGGUUUCGUGUGUACCAACAGAAUUAGAAUCACUUGAUAUGCUUUAUUUUGCCACUGAUGGUACAGUAAUCCUUCAACAAGUCGAUGAUAUUGUUGCUUCACAGUGCGGAUGCCAGUAAAGUCGGACAAUCAAUGGACAUUCUACAGAUGAAGGAUUUAACUAUAUGCAAGAACAAGAAAGUUUAAAUUCAAACGAAAGUAUAUCAAGGAAGAAAUUUUUAAUAUUGUUCAUCAUUCAAUGUAUAAUAAAGUUGAACAACCAAAAAUCA